UACAGGCAGCAGCAGAGGUCCCACCGCCUCUCCCCGACUGGCGAUGAGCUGUAUGAGAAGACAACCGUGACCCAUCUGGAAAGGGACUCCCCAGAUAUAAUGUUUGUGGAGAGUUACAGCCGACAAGGCUUCAUCAUCAAUGGGAAUCAGGUUAUUGGGCCCUGCGCCAUAAUCCCCAGGGCCAUAUUGCAAUGGAAUGUACAUUCCUAUAAAGACAUUUCCUAUGAAAGUUUAUCCUUGUUCCGCUUACUGGUUCCCAGGAUAGAGAUCCUGGUUCUGGGCAUAGGGGACCGUGUAGAGAGACUGGAUCCAAACCUAUUAAAGUUAAUGAGACAGAAUGGGGUGGCGGUGGAGGUUCAGGACACGGUGAGUAUCUGCAAUAAUUCUGCCCAUUAA